AUGGAUAUAAGGAAAUGGUGGAAAAAAUCUUUGGAGGGUUUUAGUUUCUUGGGCCCUCCUGAUUAUGUCUUAAUUCAAAAAUUCGCGGCGAUUAGAAACGGGUUAAAAGAAUGGAGAGAUGAGAUGAAAAAGAAAGAAGGGGAGAACUACAUCAGAGCGAUGGAAGAGAUGGAGGAAAUUGAGAAUUGCAUGGAGUCUAGAGAUUUAUCGGAAGAGGAAGAAUGGUCAUUCUUGGAGAAUAAAAAGUUGCUGCUUGAUAUUGAGAGAAGUAAAGCUUCGGAUCUGAAGCAACGGGCUAGACUGAAGUGGGCUAUUGACGGGGAUGAAAAUUCAAAGUUUUUCCAUGCUCUUGUCAACGCUCGGAAAGCAGUUAAUGGUAUUCCGGGUCUUUUCUUGGGUUCGGGGUGGGUUAAUAAACCUUCGGUGGUUAAGUUAGAAGUCAUGAAGUUUUUUAGAUCCAAAUUUAUGGAAGAGGUUGAAAAUAGGUCGUCUUUGGAAUGUCAAGGUAUAAAGCAGUUAUCUGAAUCGGAUAAAUCAAGCCUUAUUAAACCGUUUUCUCUUUUGGAAGUGAGGGAGGCUUUAAAAGAGUGUGGAGAUGACAAAGCUCCAGGCCCGGACGGCUUAAACUUUAAGUUCAUAAAGACUUUCUAG